GCCGCUAGCAGCCUGUCUUCUGCGCUCUCCGCCUUCCCUCUCCAGGCUGGCUCUCCUCCCCCCCGCACCCCCCCUCCCUCCCGCAGCUCCCACUCGCUGGCUCUCUCUCCAGCUGCCUCGGCUCCAGGUCUCUCCUGGCUGCGCGCUCGCUCCGCGCCUGCCCCCUCCCGCAGCUUCGCCGCCUUGGUGCCUUCCUGCCCAGCUCGGCCGGCGUGUCCCCGGCCCGGCCUGGCCCGGCAGCCCGGUCGGCGCUUGCAGCCGCUCAGCCCUGCAGUGGCUCGGGACCGAUGCUAUGAGAGCGAAGCGAGCCGGGCGCGCAGACCUGCAGGAGGCGUCGGGUGCGCGGCCGGUCUGGGGACCGGGAUCUGUCUCCCGCUCGCCUUGCCCUCUGGUGAUUAUUUGGCUCUGUUUAUAGCCCUGCCGUUCCUCGGAGGAGACGGGCACAUCUGAGAAGAGCCAUCGGUGUCGUGUGCGUGUGGAAUAUCUGCAGACAUGACUGCGUGGAGGAAAUUCAAGUCGCUGCUCCUGCUUCUGGUGCUGCUGGUUCUGUGCGCGGGGCUCCUCACUGCAGCGAAGGGUCAGAACUGUGGCGGUUUAGUCCAGGGUCCCAACGGCACCAUCGAGAGCCCAGGGUUUCCGCACGGUUAUCCAAACUACGCUAACUGCACCUGGAUCAUUAUCACAGGAGAACGAAAUCGGAUACAAUUGUCAUUUCAUACCUUUGCCCUUGAAGAAGAUUUUGAUAUUUUAUCAGUGUACGAUGGACAGCUCCAACAAGGGAAUUUGAAAGUGAGAAUACUAGGUUUUAGGCUGCCUGAACAAAACCUGACUGCUUUGUCUCCAGCGUGCAAAAGAGUGAUUUCUGACUUCGCCGUGAGCGCUCAAGGGUUCAAAGCCCUGUAUGAAGUUUUACCUAGCCACACAUGUGGAAAUCCUGGGGAAAUCCUGAAAGGAGUUCUGCACGGAACAAGGUUCAACAUAGGAGACAAGAUCCGCUACAGCUGUCUCUCUGGCUAUAUCUUGGAAGGCCAUGCGAUUCUCACCUGCAUCGUCAGCCCUGGGAAUGGUGCUUCCUGGGACUUCCCGGCUCCGUUUUGCAGGGCCGAGGGCGCCUGUGGAGGGACCCUGCGGGGAACCAGCAGCACCAUCUCCAGCCCCCACUUCCCCUCAGAGUACGGGAACAAUGCUGACUGCACCUGGACCAUCCUGGCUGAGCCGGGGGACACCAUCGCCUUAGUCUUCACCGACUUUCAACUAGAGGAAGGAUACGAUUUCUUAGAGAUCAGUGGAACAGAAGCACCAUCUAUAUGGCUGACUGGCAUGAACCUUCCUUCUCCUGUGAUAAGUAGCAAGAAUUGGUUACGACUCCACUUUACAUCUGACAGUAACCAUCGACGCAAAGGAUUUAAUGCACAGUUUCAAGUGAAAAAGGCAAUUGAACUGAAGUCAAGAGGAGUCAAGAUGAUGCCCAGCAAGGACAGUAGCCAUAAAAACUCUGUCUUGAGUCAAGGAGGUGUUGCAUUGGUUUCUGACAUGUGUCCGGAUCCUGGGAUUCCAGAAAAUGGUAGAAAAGCAGGUUCCGACUUCAGUGUGGACCUGGCUUCUGCUUCUGUAGGAACAGCUAGAACAUGUGGAUCAAAUCUGCGUGGACCCAGUGGUGUCAUCACCUCCCCUAACUACCCGGUUCAGUAUGAAGACAAUGCGCACUGUGUGUGGGUCAUUACCACAACAGAUCCAGACAAGGUCAUCAAGCUUGCAUUUGAAGAGUUUGAACUGGAACGAGGCUAUGACACCCUUACGGUGGGCGAUGCUGGCAAAGUGGGCGAUACCAGGACGGUCUUGUACGUACUCACUGGGUCCAGCGUUCCCGACCUUAUUGUGAGCAUGAGCAACCAGAUGUGGCUCCAUCUGCAGUCUGACGAUAGCAUUGCCUCCCCUGGGUUUAAAGCUGUCUACCAAGAAAUUGAAAAGGGAGGAUGUGGGGACCCUGGUGUCCCUGCCUACGGGAAGCGGGCUGGCAGCAGCUUCCUCCACGGGGACACGCUGACUUUUGAGUGCCAGGCAGCCUUCGAGCUGGUGGGGGAGCGGGUGAUCACGUGUCAACAGAACAACCAGUGGUCUGGCAACAAGCCCAGCUGUGUAUUUUCAUGUUUCUUCAACUUUACUGCAUCAUCGGGAAUUAUUCUCUCACCCAAUUACCCCGAGGAAUAUGGCAACAACAUGAACUGUGUCUGGUUGAUCAUCUCUGAACCAGGAAGCAGAAUUCACCUCAUCUUUAAUGAUUUUGACGUGGAGCCCCAGUUUGAUUUCCUCGCGAUCAAAGAUGAUGGGAUUUCUGAUAUAACUGUCCUGGGCACCUUCUCAGGCCAUGAGGUGCCCUCGCAGCUGGCCAGCAGUGGACACAUAGUCCGCUUGGAAUUCCAGUCCGACCACUCCACGACCGGCAGGGGAUUCAACAUCACUUACACCACCCCGUGUGGUGGACACCUGACAGCUUCCAGCGGACUCAUUUUGCCUCCUGGAUGGCCAGGAUAUUAUAAAGAUUCUUUAAAUUGUGAAUGGAUCAUUGAAGCAAAACCAGGACACUCUAUCAAAAUAACUUUUGAUAGAUUUCAGACAGAAGUCAACUAUGACACCCUGGAGGUCCGAGACGGGCCCGCCAACUCGUCCCCGCUGAUUGGAGAGUACCACGGCACACAGGCUCCACAGUUCCUGAUCAGCACGGGACAUUUCAUGUACCUGCUCUUCACCACCGACAACAGCCGCUCCAGCGUGGGCUUCCUCAUCCACUACGAGAGUGUGACCCUGGAGUCAGACUCCUGCCUCGACCCUGGAAUCCCUGUGAAUGGUCAUCGGCACGGCAGUAAUUUUGGCAUUAGAUCCACAGUGACGUUCAGCUGCGAUCCAGGAUACACGCUUAGUGAUGACGAGCCCCUGAUCUGCGAGAGGAACCAUCAGUGGAACCAUGCAUUGCCCAGCUGUGAUGCUCUCUGUGGAGGUUACAUCCAUGGGAAGAGUGGAACAGUCCUUUCUCCCGGAUUUCCAGAUUUUUACCCAAACUCUCUAAACUGUACCUGGACCAUUGAAGUGUCUCAUGGAAAGGGCGUUCAGAUGAUCUUUCACACCUUCCACCUUGAGAGCUCCCAUGACUAUUUACUGAUCACAGAGGAUGGGAGUUUCACGGAGCCCGUGGCCAGACUCACAGGGUCCGUCCUGCCUCACACUAUAAAGGCAGGUUUGUUUGGAAACUUCACUGCCCAGCUUCGGUUCAUAUCAGACUUUUCCAUUUCCUACGAGGGCUUCAAUAUCACGUUUUCUGAAUAUGACUUGGAGCCUUGUGAUGAUCCCGGCGUCCCUGCCUUCAGCCGAAGAAUUGGUUUUCACUUCGGAGUUGGGGACUCUCUGACGUUUUCCUGCUUCCCAGGGUACCGCUUAGAAGGUGCAAGCCAGCUUACGUGCCUGGGUGGGGGCCGUCGUGUGUGGAGUGCACGUCUGCCAAGGUGUGUGGCUGAAUGUGGAGCAAGUGUCAAAGGAAAUGAAGGAACGUUGUUGUCUCCAAACUUCCCAUCAAAUUAUGAUAAUAACCACGAGUGUAUCUAUAAAAUAGAAACGGAAGCCGGCAAGGGGAUUCAUCUGAGGGCACGAAGCUUCCAGCUGUUUGAAGGAGACAUUCUAAAGGUGUAUGAUGGAAGAGACAGUUCAUCGCGUCCACUGGGGGCCUUCACCAGGAAUGAGCUCAUGGGGCUGGUCCUGAACAGCACUUCCAAUCACCUGUGGCUUGAGUUCAACACCAACGGGUCUGACACGGACCAGGGCUUCCAGCUCACCUACACCAGUUUUGACCUAGUAAAGUGUGAGGAUCCAGGAAUCCCCAACUAUGGCUAUAGGAUCCGAGACGAAGGCCACUUUACUGACACUGUGGUUCUGUACAGCUGUAACCCGGGCUACGCCAUGCACGGCAGUGAUACGCUGACCUGCCUCAGUGGCGACCGCAGAGUGUGGGACAAACCACUGCCUUCCUGUGUAGCGGAGUGUGGGGGUCAGAUCCACGCUGCCACGUCCGGGCGCAUUUUGUCUCCCGGCUACCCUGCCCCCUAUGACAACAACCUCCACUGCACCUGGAUCAUAGAGGCAGACCCGGGAAAGACCAUCAGCCUGCACUUCAUCGUGUUCGACACGGAGACGGCCCACGACAUCCUGAAGGUGUGGGACGGGCCGGUGGACAGCGACAUCCUGCUCAAGGAGUGGAGCGGCUCCAUGCUCCCCGAGGACACCCACAGCACCUUCAGCUCGCUCACCCUGCAGUUCGACAGUGACUUCUUCAUCAGCAAGUCGGGUUUCUCCAUUCAGUUCUCAACCUCAAUUGCAUCCACCUGCAAUGAUCCGGGUAUGCCUCAGAACGGCACCCGCUAUGGGGAUAGUAGAGAGCCGGGGGAUACCAUCACCUUCCAGUGUGACCCUGGGUAUCAGCUCCAAGGACAAGCUAAAAUCACCUGUGUUCAGCUGAAUAACCGAUUCUUCUGGCAGCCGGACCCUCCUACCUGCAUAGCUGCGUGUGGAGGGAAUCUGACCGGCCCGGCAGGUGUCAUUUUGUCACCUAACUACCCACAGCCAUAUCCUCCCGGCAAAGAAUGUGACUGGAGAAUAAAAGUGAAUCCAGACUUCGUCAUUGCCUUGAUAUUCAAAAGUUUCAACAUGGAGCCCAGCUAUGAUUUCCUACAUAUCUAUGAAGGAGAAGAUUCCAACAGACCUCUCCUUGGAAGUUUCCAGGGCUCUCAAGCCCCAGAAAGAAUAGAGAGUAGUGGAAAUAGUCUUUUUCUGGCAUUUCGGAGUGAUGCUUCUGUGGGCUUGUCUGGGUUCGCAAUUGAAUUUAAAGAGAAGCCACGGGAAGCUUGUUUUGACCCUGGAAAUAUAAUGAACGGGACAAGAAUUGGCACAGACUUCAAGCUUGGCUCAACUGUCACUUACCAGUGUGAUUCUGGCUACAAGAUCGUGGACCCCUCGUCCAUCACGUGUGUGAUCGGCACGGACGGAAAACCUGCCUGGAGCCAAGCCUUGCCUUCCUGCAACGCUCCCUGCGGAGGCCAGUACACGGGAUCUGAAGGAGUCGUGUUGUCACCCAACUACCCUCAUAAUUACACAGCCGGUCAGAUAUGCCUCUACUCCAUCACAGUACCCAAGGAGUUUGUGGUGUUUGGACAGUUUGCCUAUUUCCAGACGGCACUGAACGAUUUGGCAGAAUUAUUUGAUGGAACACACCCACAAGCCAGACUUCUCAGCUCACUCUCUGGGUCACAUUCAGGUGAAACAUUGCCUUUGGCGACAUCAAAUCAGAUUCUCCUCCGAUUCAGCGCCAAGAGUGGAGCGUCUGCCCGGGGCUUUCACUUUGUUUACCAAGCUGUUCCUCGAACCAGCGAUACCCAGUGCAGCUCUAUCCCCGAGCCCAGAUACGGAAGGAGAAUCGGCUCGGAGUUUUCAGCGGGUUCGAUUGUCCGAUUCGAGUGUAACCCAGGAUACCUCCUGCAGGGUUCCACUGCUAUCCGCUGUCAGUCCGUGCCUAAUGCUUUAGCUCAGUGGAAUGACACGAUCCCGAGCUGCAUAGUUCCCUGCAGCGGCAAUUUCACUCAGCGCAGAGGUACAAUUUUAUCCCCUGGCUACCCAGAACCGUAUGGUAACAACUUAAACUGUAUCUGGAAAAUCAUAGUUACAGAGGGAUCAGGAAUUCAGAUUCAAGUGAUCAGUUUUGCCACCGAGCAGAACUGGGACUCUCUGGAGAUUUACGAUGGUGGUGACAUGACCGCACCCAGGCUGGGAAGUUUCUCAGGAACCACAGUCCCAGCCCUUCUGAACAGCACCUCCAACCAGCUCUACCUGCAUUUCCAGUCUGAUAUUAGUGUGGCAGCUGCUGGCUUUCACCUGGAAUACAAAACUGUGGGUCUCGCUGCGUGCCAAGAACCAACCCUUCCCAGCAACGGCAUCAAAAUAGGAGAUCGGUAUAUGGUGAACGAUGUCCUCUCCUUUCAGUGUGAACCUGGGUACACCUUGCAGGGCCGGUCCCACAUUUCCUGCAUGCCCGGAACUGUCCGUCGCUGGAACUACCCGUCCCCGCUCUGCAUCGCAACCUGCGGAGGGACGUUGAGCAGCAUGGGGGGCGUGAUCUUGAGCCCAGGGUUUCCGGGAGCCUACCCCAACAACCUAGACUGCACCUGGAAGAUCGAGUUGCCCAUCGGCUAUGGUGCACAUAUUCAAUUUCUGAAUUUUUCUACCGAAGCCAAUCACGACUACCUUGAAAUUCAAAACGGACCCUACCACACGAGCCCUAUGAUCGGGCAGUUCAGUGGCUCGGACCCCCCCUCUGCCCUGCUCAGUACCACACACGAAACGCUCAUCCACUUCUACAGCGAUCAUUCCCAGAACCGGCAAGGGUUUAAACUCGCUUACCAAGCCUACGAACUACAGAACUGCCCAGACCCACCUGCUUUUCAGAAUGGCUAUAUGAUCAACUCGGAUUACAGCGUGGGACAAUCCAUCUCCUUCGAGUGUUACCCUGGGUACAUCUUAAUCGGCCACCCAGUCCUUACCUGCCAGCACGGGAUCAACAGAAACUGGAAUUAUCCCUUUCCAAGAUGUGAUGCUCCUUGUGGGUAUAAUGUAACAUCUCAGAAUGGUACCAUUUAUUCCCCUGGAUUUCCAGAUGAGUACCCAAUUUUGAAGGACUGCAUUUGGCUUAUCACCGUCCCUCCUGGCCAUGGGGUCUAUAUCAACUUCACCUUGCUACAGACGGAAGCUGUGAAUGACUACAUUGCUGUUUGGGAUGGGCCUGAUCAGAAUUCACCUCAGCUGGGAGUUUUCAGUGGCAACACAGCCCUGGAAACGGCGUACAGCUCCACCAACCAAGUCCUGCUCAAGUUCCACAGCGACUUUUCGAAUGGUGGCUUCUUUGUUCUCAAUUUUCACGCAUUUCAGCUCAAGAAAUGCCAGCCUCCGCCCGCAGUUCCACAGGCAGAAAUGCUUACCGAGGAUGAGGAUUUUGAAAUCGGGGAUUUUGUGAAGUACCAGUGUCAUCCGGGGUACACGCUGUCUGGGAUGGACACACUGACGUGCAAGCUCAGUGCCCAGCUGCAAUUUGAGGGUUCCCUCCCAACGUGUGAAGCACAAUGCCCUGCAAAUGAAGUCCGGACAGAAUCUUCUGGAGUGAUCCUCAGUCCAGGUUACCCAGGCAACUAUUUUAACUCCCAGACGUGCUCGUGGAGUAUUAAAGUGGAGCCGAAGUAUAAUAUCACCAUCUUCGUGGAUACAUUUCAAAGUGAAAAGCAGUUCGAUGCACUAGAAGUGUUUGAUGGUUCUUCUGGUCAGAGUCCUCUGUUAGUGGUCUUAAGUGGGAACCACACUGAACAAUCAAAUUUUACAAGCAAGAGCAAUCAGUUAUACCUCCGCUGGUCCACUGAUCAUGCAACCAGUAAAAAAGGAUUCAAGAUUCGAUAUACAGCACCUUACUGCAGCUUGACCCACACUCCGAAGAACGGUGGUAUUUUCAAUAGGACCACGGGAGCACUUGGGAGCAAAGUGCAUUAUUUUUGCAAGCCUGGGUAUCGAAUGAUCGGCCACAGCAAUGCAACCUGUCGACGGAAUCCAGGAGGCAUGUAUCAGUGGGAUUCUCUCGCUCCCCUCUGCCAGGCUGUGUCCUGUGGAAUCCCCGAGUCCCCGGGGAACGGUUCAUUUACGGGCAACGAGUUCGCGUUGGAUAGUAAAGUGACGUAUGAAUGUAACGAGGGCUUUCAGCUAGAAGCUGGCCAGCAAGCAGCUGCCGUGUGUCGGGAAGACGGAUUGUGGAACAACACAGGGAAGCCCCCCACGUGUAAACCGGUAACUUGUCCCAGCAUUGAAGCUCAGCUCUCAGAUCAUGUCACCUGGAGGCUGGUUUCAGGAUCGCUGAAUGAGUAUGGAGCUCAAGUGGUGCUCAGCUGCAGUCCUGGUUAUUACCUGGAGGGCCCAAGGCUGGUACAGUGCCAAGCUAACGGAACUUGGAGCGUAGGCGAAGAGAGGCCCAGAUGUCGAGUGAUCUCCUGCGGAAGCCUCUCCUUUCCCCCAAACGGUAACAAGAUUGGCACACUGACGGUUUAUGGGGCCACGGCCAUAUUUACGUGCAACACGGGCUAUACCCUUGUGGGGUCUCACGUCAGAGAAUGCUUAGCCAAUGGACUCUGGAGUGGCAUGGAAACGCGAUGUCUGGCUGGCCACUGCGGUUCCCCGGAUCCGAUCGUGAACGGUCAUAUCAGUGGAGAUGGUUUCAGUUACAGGGACACUGUGGUUUAUCAGUGCAAUCCUGGUUUCAGGCUGGUUGGAACUUCCGUUCGGAUAUGCUUGCAAGACCACAAAUGGUCUGGACAGACCCCAGUCUGUGUCCCCAUCACAUGUGGCCACCCUGGAAACCCCGCACAUGGAUUCACCAACGGCAGUGAGUUCAACCUGAAUGAUGUGGUGAACUUCACCUGUAACACUGGCUACCUGCUGCAGGGUGCCUCUCGAGCCCAGUGUCGGAGCAACGGUCAGUGGAGCAGCGCUCUGCCCACCUGUCGAGUGGUGAACUGCUCGGAUCCAGGCUUUGUGGAAAAUGCCAUUCGUCAUGGGCAGCAGAAUUUCCCAGAGAGUUCUGAAUAUGGAAUGAGCGUCAUGUAUCAUUGCAAGAAGGGAUUUUACCUGUUGGGAUCUUCUGCCUUAACCUGCAUGGCUAAUGGCCUGUGGGAUCGUUCUUUACCCAAGUGUUUGGCCAUAUCAUGUGGCCACCCAGGGGUGCCUGCUAACGCUAUCCUAACUGGAGAACUGUUUACAUAUGGUGCCAUAGUUCACUAUGCAUGCAAAGGGAGCCGGGAUCUUGUAGGCAACAGCACUCGAAUUUGUCAAGAGGACAGUCACUGGAGCGGAACGCUACCCCACUGUACAGGAAAUGACCCUGGAUUUUGUGGUGACCCUGGGACCCCAGCACAUGGGUCCCGGCUUGGGGACGAACUCAAGGCCAAGAGCCUUCUCCGCUUCUCCUGUGAAAUGGGUUACCAGCUGAGGGGCUCUCCUGAGCGGACAUGUUUGCUCAAUGGCUCGUGGUCAGGACUGCAGCCCGUGUGUGAAGCUGUGUCCUGUGGAAAUCCCGGCACGCCCACCAACGGCAUGAUUGUCAGCAGCGAUGGCAUCCUGUUCUCCAGCUCGGUCAUCUAUGCCUGCUGGGAAGGCUACAAGACCUCAGGGCUCACAACACGGCACUGCACCGCCAAUGGGACCUGGACGGGCACAGCCCCUGACUGUACAGUUAUAAGUUGUGGGGAUCCAGGUACUCUGGCAAAUGGCAUCCAGUUUGGGACGGAUUUCACCUUCAAUAAGACCGUGAGCUAUCAGUGCGACCCCGGCUAUCUCAUGGAGCCCAUCACGUCAUCCACCAUCCGUUGUACCAAAGACAGUACGUGGAAUAACAGCAAGCCAGUCUGCAAAGCUGUCGUGUGCGGUCAGCCUCCUCAAGUACCACAUGGAAAAGUGGAGGGAGCAGAUUUUCACUGGGGUGCCAGCAUAAGUUACAGCUGUGUGGACGGCUUCCAGCCCUCUCACUCCGCCAUCCUCUCCUGCGAAGGCCAUGGAGUGUGGAAAGGAGAGGUCCCCCAGUGCCUGCCUGUGUUCUGCGGAGACCCAGGCACCCCUGCAGAGGGGCGGCUCAGUGGCAAAAGCUUCACCUAUAAGUCGGAAGUCUUCUUCCAGUGCAAAUCUCCUUUCAUACUGGUGGGAUCUUCCAGAAGAACCUGCCAGGCGGACGGAACAUGGAGUGGCACGCAGCCCACCUGCAUCGAUCCUGCUCAUAAUACCUGCCCAGACCCUGGUACUCCACACUUUGGGAUACAAAAUAGCUCCAGAGGAUAUGAGGUUGGAAGCACCGUGUUUUUCAGGUGCAGAAAAGGUUACCACAUUCAAGGUUCUACGACUCGCACUUGCCUUGCCAAUUUAACUUGGAGUGGCAUUCAGACUGAGUGUAUACCCCAUGCCUGCAGACAGCCAGAGACGCCAGCCCACGCGGACGUGAGAGCAAUAGAUCUCCCCACCUUCGGUUACACCUUAGUGUACACCUGUCAUCCGGGCUUUUUCCUCGCGGCCGGGUCCGAGCACAGGACGUGUAAAGCAGAUAUGAAAUGGACAGGAAAAUCACCUGUCUGUAAAAGUAAAGGAGUGAGAGAAGUUAAUGAAACAGUUACUAAAACUCCAGUUCCUUCCGAUGUAUUUUUUAUCAAUUCCGUGUGGAAGGGGUAUUAUGAAUAUUUAGGGAAAAGACAACCUGCAACUCUAACGGUUGACUGGUUCAAUGCGACAAGCAGUAAGGUGAACGCGACCUUCCUUGAAGCCUCUCAGGUGGAGCUGAAAUUGACAGGAGUUUACAAGAAAGAAGAGGCUCACUUACUACUGAAAGCAUUUCAAAUUAAAGGUCCCGCAGAUAUUUUUGUAAGCAAGUUUGAAAAUGACAACUGGGGACUAGCUGGUUAUGUGUCAUCAGGACUUGAAAGAGGAGGAUUUACUUUUCAAGGUGAUAUUCAUGGAAAAGACUUUGGAAAAUUCAAGCUCGAAAGGCAAGAUCCCUUAAAAUCUGAUCAGGACUCUUCGAAUCAUUACCACGGCACCAGCAGCGGCUCUGUCGCGGCUGCCAUCCUGGUCCCAUUCUUUGCUCUAAUUUUGUCAGGGUUUGCAUUUUACCUCUACAAACACAGAACGAGACCAAAAGUUCAGUACAAUGGCUAUGCGGGACAUGAAAACAGCAAUGGACAAGCUUCCUUUGAAAACCCUAUGUAUGAUACAAACUUGAAACCCACAGAAGCCAAGGCUGUGCGGUUUGACACAACUCUGAACACAGUGUGUACAGUGGUAUAGCCCUCAGUGCCCCAUUAGGACUGAUUCAUAGCCAUACCUCUGAUGGACAAGCAGUAACUCCUUCGGUGCCAUGUACCACUCUCCCUUCUACUCUUGGCUUUGCUGCGGUGAUCUUUCACACCUUCUGCUGGUAUCCAUUCAGCAGCAAUCUCCAGUCACGUGCCAGAGUCUUCUGAGGAUCGGACGACAAGUACACCUGCAUUCUGAACGUGGAUUCCGAACUCCUGGCUGCGUCUGCUUGGAAUCAAGGCACACUUAGGAAGACUGCGGAGUCAUGCCAAUACUUCGUACUUAAUGCCUCAGACUUUCGUAUUUCUGUGUGGCUGGGAUGCCUUUCAAUGCAAUCUUCUGGGCACGUGGAUACAUCCUUUGGGUGCGGUGACAAAAUGGUAGCACCACAAUAUACCACAAUAUGUUGUUCUGUUUUUGUUUCUGUUUCUGUUUUUUUUUUAACCCCCAUGAAUAUGAAUACUCUGGAAAAAAAAAAAGCUCUCUUGAAGAAGACACCUUUCUGAUAGACGCACACACCUACAAACGCUUCACUCUGUCCUUCCUGAGACCUGACAAGCUUUGAGGACUCACAGAUCCCCUUAGUGUCCCAUUCCUAGGGCCAUUUGCAAAUUCCCCAGUCAGCUGUUCUAUUGCAGAAUUUUUGAUGCACAAUUUUUUGCACUAGUGUGUUAUGAAUGACUAAGAUUCUGAUAAAAAAAUAAACUAUUUACACAGGGUUUAUACACACUAUCCAUUGUAUAUAAGCAUCUUCUCAUGUGGUCAAGCUAAACAUCUACCCUCCGUUCAGUUGGCGUGUUAGAGAGAGGGAGUAUCCCCAGACAUGGCACAGGUUUGAGAGGGAAAGGCGGUAUUGAAGAGAUUUAUGUUAUUACUGCUUCCUUUAGCUACAUAUGUGUGUUAGGUUCAUUGAAGAUGUCGAGCAAGUUAAAAAAAAAAAAAAGAGUCCUUUUUAUGUUUUAUUUCACACACACGAUCUCCCUUUCGGCAUCAGCCGUGAGCGCCAGCCAGCGCAGUGACACAGAAUGGCAGGGUGGUCGCAGCGUGUCUCUCUGCCACGUAAACGUGUCCAUAGUAAUUCAUUUUGGAUAGCUCGUGAACUUGUGGGGUUCAGCUCACGGUAGUCUUCCCGGCGCCUCGCGGUUCUCUCCUCUGGGGCACCGCCGCCUGCGGACGUGCCCUCGAACGACGAUGUGCCCCGUGCCUCUUGCACACUCAGUGGGACUUGUCCAGAGUCAAAAUAUCGCGUGUCCCUCUGGAGGCGAGGAGAAAUUACACACACUCUUUUUCCUGAUGACAUGUUUCAUACAUUGCUUUGUCUUUUGUUUCAUGCGAAUUCCAGAUGCAAAGGCGAUUUGGGUGAUUUUUCACCUUUAAAAUGUAUUCUAGGUACGUUGCGAAUCACGGUGUGAAUAAAAUAGGCGUGAUCCCCGAUGUGGGUAAGAUCCAGGUAUGAAGUAACAAAUGUGAUGCUUCACAUCCAGCCAGCGUCUGCUGUAACAAAAUCCAAGUGAAGAUCAUGUUUAUUUUUAUUUAUAAUGGUGUGAUAAAAGCAUUUUGAAAAGAUGAUGCUUAUUUUAUUAUUUGGGUGUUAAGUACGUGUCCCACAUACUGAAAAUGUCUCCCUUCUCACCUCCAGCCAGCGUCUGCCAAGUGUUUCGUUCACUUCGUUGUAGUGGACCCAUUCACAGCUAGCUUUAAGACCGAUGGAUUUGUUGCUCUGUUGAACAUUUAAAUGCAGGAAAGUGAAAAAUGAAAAAAAAAAAAAAGACAGAAAAACCUGUCAGGAUAAUAGCUCAUUCUUUCAAGUCCUGUGUUUUGAUUUGAGCGCUUUAGUGGAUCUUUUAUCCUCGAUGCCCACUGUUCUGUUACUCGUUUGAAGGGGCGUAUGCUGUUAGGAGGACAUCACUGACCUCUUCUAGGGACUUCUUUGCCUUUUGAACUCCAAAUUAUGAAUUCCUUAGUCUCGUGCUGUAUUCUGUGCCCCUUUUUCUCUGGCCGACCUGAUAACGUGACUGGAGAUUUGCUUUGCAACCUGGAGCCCUUACACGGAUUCUUCUCCUUAGGCUAGAUGAGGUCAGCCAGAGCCAGGCUUUUAACACACACACUGGACCAGAACAAAGAGAAAGGAAGUUCGAGGAUCGCUGUGUGCAGGGGAGAACAGGGUUACUAUAUAUAUUAGGUGUAUAUAUAUAUAUAUACAUACAUACAUAUAUAUAAAUAUAUUGUACAUAUCUAAGUUCGAGUCAUUCAAACUAGGUGCAAACUGCUGACUUCAGAGUUUGAAUUAAUGUCUCUCUUCUCCCAUCCCUGACCUGCUUGCCAGUCAAUGCCGUUACCGAUUCCUGAACGGACAGGACAUACAUACACACAUACAGAAACCACAUAUCCGAUUAGAUACUAUUUCCUUUGUGUGCAAAGUCAGCCCGUCCUUUGGUUGCCAGUGUGGAGCACAGUAUUCAACAACAACAACAAUACUCCAUGAAAUUCUCCUGCGAGAAUUCCGCCUAGUUUCCUCCUAGGGUGUGUGCAGUGUUGAUUCAGAUCUCCUGCGAGGUGUCGGAGGGUCUCGUGCAGGCAGUCAGCACAUGCGCUUUCUGCGCAGGGGCUGCAAGACUCCUUCUGGAAGCGACCAGAACCCGUGCGCGGGAAGGACCCCAUGCUAACACAGGUUAUGUGCUUCAGAGCUGUUGAAAACUGCUGCUUGUUUCCCACAUCUUUUGCCUUUCUUCAGGCUAGCUGCAAUAAUUUUUUCUUCUGUAAGAUAUUUUGUAAACAACAACAAAAUACGCGAUUCUCUAACAGGGGGAAAGAACGCUGGUGUCAUGGUCAGGAACCCGCCGCAUCUCCGUCCGCCCCGUGUCACCAUCUCGCCACAUGCUGCUGACAUGAAUGAAGUAGGUGCAAACAACCUUUUUGUACAGAGAUAUAUUUUUUAUGAAGAAUUUGUAAAAUUAUUAAAUAUGCUGUAAUUUUUUGAUUAAUGUAGGUAAAUUGUUAAAAAAAUAAAUGUUUUUACAAUACAAAACUGUAAUUUUCCCAAUAAUGUACCAUGUACCAUCUCUAGCUGAUUCUCAGUUCCACUCCUAUUCCACAUGUAUUAAUAUUAAAGUGGCCUGUUAAAAUCAACAGUAUCUUUUUUGUCAAAAAAAAAUUAUAAAGAGUGUAAUAUAGCCUGUACCAUGCCACCUGUCUUUAAAGCAGA